AUGCUUUCUCCAAGGACAGGUGUGCUCCUCACCCUCGGCGCCGUGACGGCAUCCGCCUCGGCCCAAGAUGCAAUCACCAAGCCGCUCUCAACACGCAUGAUCGAGUCGGCCAUCGGCCGGCAGCACGGUGUCGUCUCCUCCGGGGCGUCAACCAGCACCCUCGAGUCCGGCGUCCUGGCCCUGGCGACGCAGGCCUGGCUCAAGCUGUACGGGGACGACCCGUCCACCCCGUCCGAGCAGGUCACAGACUUUGCGUCCUACGUCGACGACAUCAUCGCCAGCGUCACCUCGGCACCGGCCUUCUCCAACGCCACGGCUGCGGCGCUGCAGUCCCUGGACCGCCUCACCAUCGCCCAGGCCAUCACGAACCUCGAGGAGGCCCCCGGCGCGGCUGGCAGGCUCACGGCCACCGAGUCGCUCGCCCUCGACACGCUCAACUCGUCGCUUGCGCUGCAGCGCCGCAACCAGGCGGGCGGGCUGUUCUACUACGUCUACCCGUACUGGUCGUACCUCGACGGCGCCGCCGCCUUCCUUCCGUACAUGGCAGAGGAGCCAAGCGCUGCCUACUCGGCGGCAGACAUGCUGCUGCAGAUCACGCUGCUGUACCAGGCGUGCUUCCAGGAGUCGACGGGGCUUGCUGUGCACGGGUAUGAUGCGUCCAAGACGGCCGUGUGGGCUAACAAUGCCACGGGGGCGUCCCCGUACGUCUGGGGCCGGAGCCUGGGCUGGUACCUCGCCGGGUUGGUCGACGCAUGGGAGGUGUUGACCGCUGAUGGUGAGGAUGGGGGCUGUGCCGGUGCUGGUGGCGGCGCGGAUGGUAGCUGUGCGGGCUUGCUGGCUGCUAUCAAGGACCAGGCCUCCACGCUGAUGACCAACAUCGCCCAGUACGCGGACGAGGAGACCGGGGUCUGGUGGCAGCUGCCCACGUUCCCCGGCCGCGAGGGCAACUUCCUCGAGAGCUCGUCCACGGCCCUGUACAUCUUCUCGAUCCUCAAGGCCCUCCGGCUGGGACUGCUGGAGGAAAACCAGCCCCUGGCGGACGUCGCGCUGCGGGCGUAUGAUUACACGGCCAACGAGUUUGUGGUGGAUUACGGGAAUGGCACGCUGGGUUGGAACGGCACGGUCAUUGUUUGCAGUCUCAACUCGACUGCUACAUAUGAGUACUACACUGGCCGGCCUAUUGUUUUUGACGCACCUCUGGGUGAGGCGGCAUUCGUGUGGGCAAGCUUGGAGGUCGAGAGGCUAGGCGCCUAG